GGGGGCGUCUUUUCCCCACCCCCAGAAACGCCCAUUUUACGUCGCGUUACUGAAACCCCUGGAAUUUAGUGAAUGCCACAGUCAGACACACACAGAGCAGGAGAGCGCCUGAGUUAUUCAAAUAAGAUAACAGUUAGCUAUUUUAAAAAAACCGGUCACUUACACAGAAUAAAUAAACAUCAGUUAUUUAUUGCCUAAUGGCUACGGCUACGAAGGAUAAAGGGAAGCCGGUACACUGGGGUGUAACUGAAAACGCAUCCAGUUCGGCACACAGCAACCAAAACAACAACAACAACAACAACAAUAACAACAAAGACAGCGAAGGAAGUGAAGGAACAACGACAUCCACGUCUGCACACAUCGACAGGAGCGGCACAGAGAGCAGUGUAACGGAGAACGGCGUUGGAGUCACCGCCACAGGAGGCGCGAACGGGAAAUGGGUCCGGCUCAAUGUCGGCGGUACCGUGUUCCUAACGACGCGCCAGACACUGCUUAAAGAGCAAACAUCCUUCCUGUACCGACUGUGCCAGCAGCAGGACCUGCACUCUGACACGGAUGAAACAGGUGCCUACGUGAUCGACAGAGACCCCACAUACUUCGGCCCUGUACUCAACUACCUCCGACAUGGGAAACUGGUUUAUAACAAGGAACUGGCUGAAGAAGGUGUCUUGGAAGAGGCAGAGUUUUAUAACAUCACUCCAUUGAUUAAACUAAUUAAAGAGAGGAUUCUUGAACGAGAUUGUAAGGCCUCUCAGGUACCUCCAAAGCAUGUCUACCGGGUGUUGCAGUGUCAGGAAGAAGAGCUGACACAGAUGGUGUCCACGAUGUCGGACGGCUGGAAGUUUGAGCAGGUCAGCGUACGUGCCAGCCGAAAGCAGCGGCCUGGACUGCUCUGGACUAUGGUGAAUAUUGGCUCAUCUUACAGCUAUGGUACAGAGGACCAGGCUGAGUUCCUCUGUGUUGUGUCCAAAGAGCUGCACACAUCUGGUGGGGGCCUGGGGACUGAGCAGAGCCACAAGAAUAAGGUUGGAUAUCUCUUUUUAUACUCACAAUUUCACUAUUUCAUUUGUUCAUGUAAUAUUUUUCAGCUGCAUUGUCUGAAACUCAAAACCAGUAUCAUUAGUGAUAUUGUAUAAACACUGUAUAUCCUUUACAACAUUUUCAUACUUUAUCACGCCCCAUUUUGCAUAAUGGUAUCGUUUUUCGUAUAUUCCUAUUUGCAUAAACCAUCUGAACAUCUUCCUUUUGAAAAUUUACAUAAGAAGUGCCAUUCUUUUUUUUUGUCACCUGUGUGGUUGCGGCCCUUUUUUCCUGCUUGUUGAACACCCAUUAUAUGUCAAGGCCUCAGAGACUCAGGUGGAGGAAGGAGAAAAGGAGGAGCAGGAAGAGGAAGAUGAGAAAGAAAGAAAUACCACCCCAAAUGAGUGGAUUUAGAGAUUAGGAGACUUGUGUCACUGUUCCGAUCGCAGGAAUGGGUGAGGAUACCAAAUGAUAGGUGUCUGUUGGUGGUAGCAGUAGAAAUUCCGACCUGUACCAAGAGGAUGAUAGGGUAUUUUAUUUCAUUGCAUCAGAACUUUAUACUUGUAAAAAAAAAUGUAAAAAAAACUAUAAAAAGUGCAACAAGCUAACCACAGAGAUACUGUGUAAUGUUUGGUUAAUAAGCUUAAGUGCAUUCUACAAUGAACAGACUGUAUAGAAGUGGUUUCGUAAUAACUUUUACUAUAAUUCCUAUCCCCUAACUGCUAUACUUUAUAUAGUAUGUACAGUCAGCUACAGGAUUGUUCAUAAAAAGUUAUGAAAAAUUGUAGUUAUUUGUGCUGCUACAUUAAUCACACACUGAAAAUAUGAGAGAAAUCUAUUGGGUGUGAGGCAGGAAUACACCCUAGAUGGUAUGCCAGUCCAUCGCAGGGCACCAUGCAUACACACAUUCACACACUCAUUCACACCUAGGAGCAAUUUAUCUUCACCUACUGAAGAUAUUCAAGAAAUUUUGGGUGGAGGUGGAAACCUGGAGGAAACCUACACAGACAUGCAGAGAAGUUCUCUUGAAUGUUUAAUUAUUUUACUAAUGAAAAGUCAGUUAAUAUAAGAACAGAAUAAAAGGUUUAACCAUAGGUCAUGAAGUAGCAAUGAAUUCAAUUCAAUUUGAAUUUUCAGUUGGGAAUUGGUGGGAAUUAGAAUAGGUAGGAAUUGGUGUCGUUCACUUUCUUUAAUACAAAUAUAAUAAGAAGGGUGCAAUGAAAUGGAAUAGUCUAGACAGCCUCCAUUAGAAACGCCUACGCAUGCUUGCACACACAAUAUAAUGGGCACACACUCAUAUAAAUUUCUAUAUAUUUAAUUCUUUGGUGGUAUUAUUAUUAUUAUUAUUAUUAUUAUUAUUAAUAUUAUGAUGCGUUUCCUAUUUACAUCUCUCUACUUUUUAAGCAAAAGCAGCAUUUUCAGGUACACUGUACUUUAGGCAUACUGACAUGGGUGGAGCGUUAAUGUAAUAUGAACAUGAAAUUUGUCAGACAGAAUCCUAGCUCCAUAAAUUGUCAUUUAGUCAUUGUCAUCUUCACCUGCAUCUCCAUCUAAAGAAACAUUUUUUUUAUUAUCCGAACACUUAUUCAGCUGUUAUUAUUAUAAAGUUAUAGCACGUUCAGUUAAUAUUGUAAAGUCCCAGAUGUUUAUUCUCAUUAUAUUUUUUAUUUACCAUUUUGCAGCUUUUCCAGAUUCAUGGAUCCCGGAUGUAGAGUAUACACAUUUUUUUGUAUUGCCAUAAUUAUUUUUUUUUAAAUACUAAAAUUGUCCCUCUCAGAGAUCAGUGUAAAAACCAGCAGCUGAAAGAUAAUCAAAGUAUGGAACUGUGUGUGAAGCAUGUGUAGAAGUAAGUGUGCUGUAGCGGGAGAAAAUAUUACUGUUUAAGCAACAGAAGUUAAUAGAUCUUACUAACCUGUGAUCAAAUGGCAACCAAUUGGUAUAACUCGUAUCAAUUAACUUUAGUGUAAUGAAAACAGGCAUAAAAAAUAAAUAAAUCUUGGACCAUGAUUCAGCGUUUCACUAGAAUAUUUAACUCCUACCAUAACCUUAUAUCAGCGACGUCUUGACAAUAUUAUAAAAUCCAAAAGAAUUUAUAUUUUUGUGUGAAAAUGGCUGUGAAAAUGUGACUCUUGUAAAAAUAUGUGAAUGUAAAUGCAGGCACGUAGCCUAAGCACUAUUUAAUGAGCAUAACACAGUGCGACUGGGAUACUGUACUGCUCCAAUGUUGCAGUUGGUUUGUCCACAUUUACAAUCAUAUAAUGUGAUACUUACAACAGGGUCUGAUGCUACUGUUUAUUACAUUAUGUUAUUACAUUAUGUACAUUACUGUUAUGACAUUAUGUUAUGCAUUUCUGUCUUGCAUUUAUUAUGAUCCUAAAAGAGCUUUCUACAUUUGGGUCCUUGUUUACAAUGUCUUGUAACUGAGACAUUGUACAAUAUAUCAGUUAAACAAGAAAUUCAAUUAUUUUAAAAACUACAAGCCCCAAAAUCAGCACAAAAUCAAAAUGAAGUACUUUCUGCCUCCGUCAUUGAUUUAUUGAAGUAGGUAGUUUGUUGUUGUUGUUGUUGUUGUUGUUGUUUUUUACAUAUUGUGGUCUGCUGUAACCGAGCAUGUUCAUACUAAAUUUUUAUUAUUUUUUUUAUAGACAAGCUUGAGAGAAACUUAAGUAUGUAAAGUGAGAAGUCUGUAGUUUGACCAUUAAAAGAUCAUUUUUAAUAAUUUGUGUAUACUGUUACAAUGGCACACUUUCAUCCUCAUCCUCAGUGUUUAGCCAGGAGGCAUUUAUAAUCAUAAUCAUGUCAUAGGCGAGGGCAUUAGUUUUGUAUGAUGUACUUAGUAUAGAGUGUUAAGUCUUUUGUAUCCCAACACAGUUUUUAAAAGAAUGCAUACAUAAUAAUGCUUUGAUAUGGUAUUUUCUUUCUUUAAUCCAGUGUAGUUUAUGUAUUUUUCUCUUAAAAUGUUUUAUGCAUUAUUAAUUUAUUCAUCUUAAAUGUAUAAUUUAAAACUAAAGCAAGUCCUACACACUGUACAGGCAUUUGAGGUGACAAUCUUGUUGCUCAAGCACACGUUUUCUUUCACCUUCAUGAUAGACAAUUUUUUUUUUUUUU